GUCGUGCCAACUUGCAUUCACAAAUUAAAAUAUUUUUGGGUUUGGCAGCACUUUCCCUUCUUUUUUUCUUUCCGUUCUGUAAAUCAGAAAAGUCAAGAUGGCUGAGGUCGAUGAAACUCUUAAGAAGAAGCGUACCUUCAAAAAGUUCACAUACCGUGGUGUGGACCUCGACCAGCUGUUGGACAUGCCCAACAACCAGUUGGUUGAAUUGAUGCACAGCCGAGCACGCAGGCGUUUCCAUCGUGGUCUGAAGCGUAAACCAAUGGCUUUGAUUAAGAAGUUGCGCAAAGCCAAGAAAGAAGCUCCCCCAAAUGAGAAGCCAGAUAUUGUGAAAACUCACUUGAGAAACAUGAUCAUUGUUCCCGAAAUGACCGGUUCCAUUAUUGGUGUAUACAACGGCAAAGAUUUCACACAGGUUGAAAUUAAGCCUGAAAUGAUUGGCCACUAUUUGGGAGAAUUCUCACUGACAUACAAACCCGUCAAGCACGGUAGGCCCGGUAUUGGUGCCACCCACAGCUCCAGGUUUAUUCCACUUAAGUAAAUGCAACAUGGAAAAGGGAUACUACGAACAGUUCUUACCAAUGCAUAUUGCAUUGUGUUGUUAUUAAAGUGGUGAUCGUUGCAAAUGAUACAAAUAAAGGGAGUUUACGUUUUUUAAGGAUUCACAAGA